AUGAAUUUCAAGAUUGAUUCUUUAGACCAGGAACAAAAUAAAAAACGGAAGCAACCUGAUGCUGAUUAUUCUUCGUCUCUGGAAUUAUCUAAUUUCAGUCUGAAUCCCAGGAGGUAUCAGAUAGAGGUGUUUGAAGUUGCAUGGAGAAGGAACACAAUAGCUGUGUUAGACACAGGCUCUGGUAAAACCUUGAUUGCUGUGAUGCUUAUGAAAGAGGUUGGUCAAACCAUCAAGACUAUUGGAGUGAAGAAGCUUAUUGUUUUCUUGGCUCCCACAGUUCAUCUUGUCAAUCAGGCAUUCAGUUUACUUCUUGGUAAAACUUAUUUGUUGUUUUUGUCAAAUUUGCAGCAAUUUAAGAAUAUAAAAUAUCUGACAGAUUUUCAAGUUGAGGAAUACUAUGGGGCUAAAGGAGUUGAUACAUGGACUUUGAAAACGUGGGAGAAGGAGAUUAGUAACAAUGAUGUAUGUAUUGGUUAUGACACCCCAGAUUCUGUUGGAUGCCUUAAGAAAAGCAUUCCUACGUAUGGAAAUGAUAUGCUUGAUUGUGUUUCUUCUUCAAUGGAUUGUGAGGAUCAGAUAUCAGAACUUGAAAGCAUCUUGGAUUCUCAGAGAUAUACCAUUGAAGAUCGGACAGAGAUGGAUAGAUAUAUCUCGUCUGCUCAAGAGAGUUGUAAAUAUUAUGACCAAGCACGAUUUUCUGCUUUGAGUUUGAAGCCAAAGAUUGAAGCCUUGUGGUUCAAGUUUGAUGCAUCAUUGUCAGAAACUAAAAGUAACUAUACGGACGUGGACAAUAAAUUUAAGACACUGUCUCAGCGGAUGUCCAAUGAACUUGGAAAAAUUUUACAUUGCCUUGAAGAUCUUGGGAUCCUAUGUGCUUAUGAGCAAUAUGUUGCAAAGCCAAAAUGUUCUGAUAACAAGAUUUUGGGAGUUGAUUUUGAUUAUUGGAAGGCAGAAGAUUUGGGAUACAUAUCUCCAAAAUUACUUGAACUUAUUAAAAUCUUUGAAUCACUUGGGUAUGGAGCUAUGAUCUACUGUUUGGGUCACAUAAAUAGUUUUCCUCUGAAAGUGUUGUGCCUUAUUUUUGUUGAAAGAAUCAUUACAGCUAAGGUGAUUGAAAGAUUUGCAAAAAAAGUUCCCCAGAUUUCUCAUUUCACAGUUUCCUAUUUAACUGGAAACAAUACCUCGGUUGAUGCUGUGGCUCCUAAAAAGCAGAAGGAGAUAUUGGAUUCGUUUCGCUCUGGAAAGGUCAAUUUAUUAUUUACUACUGAUGUACUUGAGGAAGGGAUACAUGUGCCAAACUGCUCAUGUGUGAUACGUUUUGACCUCCCAAAGACAGUUUGUAGUUAUGUCCAAUCUCGUGGAAGAUCUAGGCAGGUUAACUCCCAAUUUGUCGUCAUGUUGGAGAGGCAAGUGGGAAACUUGAAGCAAAGAAAUCAACUCUUUGACAUUAUUAGGAGUGAGCGCUCCAUGACUGAUGCAUCUAUAAAUAAGGACCAUGAAUCUAGUUUAAGAGUAUUUACCAUGGGGAAAAUAGAUGCAUAUUAUGUGGAAUCUACAGGAGCUUCUGUGACUUUAGAUUCUAGUGUUAAUCUUAUCCAUCGAUACUGUGGAACACUUCCACGAGAUCAGUACUCCUCUGCAAAGCCCAGUUAUGUGUUUCUGCCUGUGGAAGGGGGUUACCAGUGUAAGUUAACAUUGCCAUCUAAUUCAGCCUUCCAAACAAUAAUUGGUCCUUCAGGAAAAGAUAUUCGACUGGCAAGGCAUCUUGCUUGCUUUGAAGCUUGUAAGAAGUUGCAUAAAAUGGGUGCCUUAAAUGAACAUUUGGUUCCAUUUGUUGAAGAUCUUUCAGAAGAUGACCAUAUUGUGAAAAAUAAAGAAUCAAGUUCCGGUGCAGGAACCACGAAAAGAAAGGAGUUACAUGGAACAGCCAACAUUCGUGCAUUAAGUGGUGCAUGGGGAGACAAACUUGAUGCAGCCACAUUUUUUGCCUAUAAACUUGAAUUCACAUGUAGUAUUGCUAGCGAAGUAUACUCUGGGUUUGUUCUUUUGGUUGAGUCAAAGCUUGAUGAUGAUGUGGGAAAUAUAGAAUUAGAUCUUUAUUUAGUCUCAAAGAUCGUGAAAGUUUCUGUCUCUUCGUGUGGGCCAGUUGAUUUGGAUGCUACACAGAUGAUGAAAGCAAAAUGCUUCCAUGAGCUUUUUUUCAAUGGUUUGUUUGGGAGAUUGGUGUUUAGGUCAAAAUCAGCAAGAGGAGAAACAGAGUUUUUACUUCAGAAAGACACAAAAUCAUUGUGGAGCACAAAACACUUAUAUUUGCUUCUACCACUUGAGAAAUUGAAUGGUAUCUGUGCGGUAGCUUUGCACAUUAAUUGGAAUGGAAUCAGUUCUUGUGCAUCUGCUAUUGAAUUUUUAAGGAGGAAAUUUUCUUUGGUCACUGGAGAUUGUGAUGAUAACAGAAAAAUCGCAUCACCUCAGGAUACCAGUUCAUUGGAGAUGGAAUGUGUAGGAACAAACAAGACUCACUUUGCUAAUUGUGUGGUUGAUGCUGAUAAUAUAAAAGACACGGUAGUUUUGGCCAUUCACACUGGAAAAAUAUAUUGUAUUAUCGACAUCGACAGUAACCUAUCUGCAGAAAGUCCUUUCUGUGGAGGAAACAAUGAAAAAUCCGAGGAACAAAUUACCUUUUCAGAUUAUUUCAGCAAAAGGUAUGGUAUUACACUGAGACAUCCAGGACAGCCUCUUAUACUAUUAAAGCAAAGUCAUAAUCCACACAAUCUUCUUUUCAACUUCCAUGAGGAAGAUGCACGAGACCAGUCAUCACAAAUCGGCCCUACAACCUCCAAAGUGCCGGCACAUGUUCACAUCCCACCUGAGCUUCUUUAUGUUCUUGAAUUUAAAAGAACUGUGUUGAAGUCAUUUUACUUGUUGCCAUCUCUGAUGUACCGCAUUGAAUCUUUAAUGUUAUCGAGUCAGCUUAGAGAAGAGAUAUAUGGUCAAAGUAGCAAGUCCAACAUACAUAGCUCACUGAUUCUAGAAGCACUUACAACUUUGAGAUGUAGUGAAAGCUUUUCAAUGGAACGUCUUGAGUUGCUAGGAGAUUCUGUUUUGAAAUAUGUGGUGAGCUGUCACCUCUUUCUUAAAUAUCCCAAGAAACAUGAAGGACAAUUAUCUGCCAGACGAUCACUAGCAGUUUGUAAUUCAACCCUUCAUAAACUGGGGACAGAUCGCAAAUUACAGGGUUAUAUUCGAGACUCUGCAUUUGAACCACGUCGAUGGGUUGCUCCAGGACAGCGUUCUAUACACCUUGUUUGUUGUGAUUGUGGAUUGGAAACUCUUGAAGUGCCUUUAGAUGUAAAAUUUCAUACUGAAGAUCCAAAAGUUGUGGUUGGGAAGUUUUGUGACAGGGGUCAUCGCUGGAUGUGUUCUAAGACUAUUGCUGACUGCGUCGAAGCUCUGAUAGGAGCAUAUUAUGUGGGUGGUGGACUCUUUGCAUCACUUAAUGUGAUGAAAUGGCUUGGGAUUGGCACUGAACUUGAACUAUCCUUGGUUGAUGAAGCUAUUACUGCUGCCUCUUUGCGUACAUGCGUGCCAAAAGAAAGUGAGAUUGCAAGUCUUGAAAAGAAAAUUGGGUAUGAAUUUUCUGUCAAGGGACUCCUACUGGAGGCUAUCACUCAUUUGUCUGAGAAAGAACUUGGAAUUGGCUGCUGUUAUGAGAGACUUGAAUUUCUUGGUGACUCAGUAUUGGACCUGCUUAUCACAUGGCAUCUUUAUCAGAGUCACACAGAUAUUGAUCCAGGGGUGUUGACUGACUUACGAUCUGCUUCCGUCAAUAAUGACAAUUUUGCUCAAGUUGCCGUUAGACAUAACCUUCACCAGCACCUUCUACAUGGCUCAGGAUUAUUACUGAACCAGAUAUCAGAAUAUGUGAAGGCUAUUUCUGAAUUAGAUCCCAGAUCACUUCCAAGCAUUAGAGCUCCCAAGGCACUUGGAGAUCUAGUGGAAAGUAUUGUUGGGGCUAUGCUAAUUGAUACUAAGCUCAGUCUUGGCGAUGUGUGGGACGUUUUCUAUCCUCUAUUAUCUCCCAUAGUUACUCCUGAAAAACUUGAAUUGCCUCCAUUUCGUGAAUUAAAUGAACUGUGUGAUUCUCUUGGGUAUUUUGUAAAAGUAAAUGAAAAUGGUGAGAAAAAGGGAUCCAUGGUGCAUGUUAUGGUUAGUGUGCAGCUGCCAAAUGAGCUUUUAGUUCGUGAAGGAAAGGGAGCAAAUAAAAAAACUGCAAAAGGAGAAGCUUCUUUUCAUUUGUUAAAGGAUCUUGAGAAGCGGGGAAUUUCGCAUUGUAAUUUUAUUUCCAAGGGAAAAAGAGAUAAUCCUGACCCUAUGAAUGAUUCAUCUCAUCUCAAAAUGGAUUCUAGUGCUUGUUUUACUCAAAUCGAAGAACAUUCCUCAGAACCAGUAUCACAUAAAAGGAAGAAAUUGGAUGAAACUAACCCAACUGAUAGUAUUUUGCCUCUCAAGGACUUUUCCAGUGACGACCCUGGUUUUAGUGCUUCGAUUCCAGUUAAUUUAUCAAUUAAUAUGAAGAAGGGAGGACCACGGACCACACUAUAUGAAGUGUGUAGGAAACUACAGUGGCCAGUACCUGCAUUUGAUUCAACAGAAUAUAAAGAUAGAUCUCUAUUUGAAUCCUGUGAAGGCCUGCAAGGAAGCAAGGGACUGAACUGUUUUGUGUCAAAAAUUACCCUGUGCAUACCCAACUAUGGAAAUAUAGAUUGCAAAGGAGAAGCUAGAAGUGAUAAGAAGAGCUCCUUUGACUCUGCUGCAGUUAACAUGCUCUUUGAGCUGCAAAAACUAGGAAAAGUUGAAAUUGAUCCUCCCCCUUCUAGUUAG